CUUUGCCUCAGCCUCAGUCCCCAGCAUCACUGGCUGAUGUAUCAAUGGCUGACGUGUCACUGGCUGAGCCAUCCACAUCAACUAGAGAAGGACAGCAACUUGCCCCUGCCCCUUCAGUGUUGUCACAGCCAUCUGACACUGGAAGCAGUCUCUCCGACGAGGCUCAGGGAUCAGUCAUUGGGCCCGAUGGCAUUGCUGGGUGGGACAAGGUCCAGGAUAUGGCUGGUUACCUGGUUGGUCUUCGUGAGGCUCCUUACCUCACUGACCUGCAGGUGACAGAGGCCAUCCUGCUGUGGACAGCUCUCCAUGACAUAGACAAACAGCGGGUCAACUAUCAGCCUCGACAUCAGCCUCAGCUGACACAUGGACGCUUUAAGGCACCGAAGCGGUCCGGAGUCACACCAGGUGUGGAGAGUGUAAAACGGUGUCUGAUUGGACAUCCCGGGGGACCAGCACAGUGGCCCAGCACCAGCCGCUUGGUUGAGGCCAUUUGUACAAAGCUGUGUGCUUUACACAAGUCGCCGACCAAGAAGGCUGGAGUUUGCACCCCCAGGUGGUCUAAAAUCCUCUCGGAUUACCACCACAUCCGAGAGCUGGUGCUUAAUAAUCGCAGGCUGAUGGAUGAAACAAUGAUCCAGCUGUUUGAGCUAAACCAGAAGACACUCAUUCAGUGGUUUCAACGGCAGCAGAAAAAACAGGAAAUGAGUGUCCUUGCUCAGGGACUGACUCCACCUGACCCAAUUGCUGUGGCUGAUACGCAGCUUCCUCCACCGAGGGAAAAAUUGGAUGAAGCGGCAUCAACCUCACGCCCAAAACAUACAUUUAUCCUUCCGCCAAAUCGAGAAGGACAGGCUCCUCUUCUGCGACCAGGUCGACGGCCUGCUGCUGCCACCACCAUGGUGUGCCCCAUUGCACCUGCCCCCACAGCAUCAGGAGUUGUGCAGCCCAUUUCAGCACCUGGGUCAUUGUCACUAGUCCUUAACCCAGACAUGACCGUGUCAAUGGUGAUUCCACCUUCUGGUGCUUCAACAUCCGGUGCAGGCCCAGCUCCACCUGCUCCUGUGUCUGCUGCUCCUGUGUCCCGUUACACCCAGAGGAACAGGCGCCGGCGGGCCCAGGAGACGGAAAGCGGAGUCCAUAAGAGGAAGUAUGUGCGAGGGGUAACCUUUAACAUGUGCAGCAAAUGUGGGCAGCCCAAAACCAAAGAGUUUGGCCAUAGCCGAUAUGGAAAUGCCACAUUUUGCUUGCGUGCCUCAAAUGGAAAAUCUUUAGAUGACUGGUUGGCAGAACAGCGCCAGCAAAAUACAAGCCAAACUCCACCUCCUCAAUAAACAAUUUGCUUUUUUCCUGUAUAUAUUUUGUAUAUAUUACUGUACAUGGUUCCACCCAGUC